GCUCGGUAUCUUGUACCACUCGAGAGCCCGAGGCAGCCACACGCAGAAGCUACCUAGCUAGCUUGUUGCUCGAGCCUGAAGCGGGGAGCACCGGCAAGUGACCGGAGAGAUGGUGAGAAUGGUGGUGGCACCGCUGGUGGUGCUGGUGGCUGCCGCGGCGGUUCUCGGCGGCGCGACGGCGCAGCUACGGGACGGGUUCUACGAGCACAGCUGCCCGCGCGCGGAGCAGAUCGUGAAGCACUACACGCAGCAGCACAUCCCCCACGCGCCCUCCGUCGCCGCCACCCUGCUCCGCACCCACUUCCACGACUGCUUCGUCAGGGGUUGCGACGCGUCGGUGCUGCUCAACGCGACGGGCGGGAGCGAGGCGGAGAAGGACGCGGCGCCCAACCUGACGCUGCGCGGCUUCGGCUUCAUCGACCGCAUCAAGGCGCUCCUUGAGGAGGAGUGCCCCGGCGUCGUCUCCUGCGCCGACAUCCUCGCGCUCGCCGCGCGCGACUCCGUCGGCGUCAUCGGCGGGCCGUUCUGGAAAGUGCCGACGGGGAGGCGGGACGGCACGGUGUCCCUCAAGCAGGAGGCGCUGGACCAGAUCCCCGCGCCCACCAUGAACUUCACCGAGCUCCUCCAAUCCUUUCAUAACAAGAGCCUCGACCUCGCCGACCUCGUCUGGCUCUCAGGCGCUCACACCAUCGGCAUCGCUCACUGCAACUCCUUCAGCGAGCGCCUGUACAACUUCACCGGCCGCGGCGGCCCCGGCGACGCGGACCCGUCGCUGGACCCGCUGUACGCGGCGAACCUGCGGCGGACCAAGUGCCCCACCCCGACGGACAACACCACCAUCGUGGAGAUGGACCCGGGGAGCUUCCUGACCUUCGACCUCAGCUACUACCGCAUCGUGCUCAAGCGCCGCGGGCUGUUCCAGUCCGACGCCGCGCUGAUCACCGACGCCGCGGCGAAGGCCGACAUCGAGAGCGUGGUGAACGCGCCCCCCGAGGUGUUCUUCCAGGUGUUCGCGCGGUCCAUGGUGAGGAUGGGCAUGAUCGAUGUCAAGACCGGCUCCGAGGGCGAGAUCAGGAAGCACUGCGCCCUCGUCAACAACCAUUAGGCUCCGUUUGGUCUGGAACGCGGGAAUUUUCGUCACAAACGGUCCGAAUUCUUCCAAAUUUCUUGGGUUCCUGGUGGAUGUGCGCAUGAUUGUGCGUGCAGGCUCGGCAGGCGUGCUCGUGUAUGCGCAUUGCUGCAUCUGCAUGCGUCUUCAGUGGUUCGAUCGCGUUGUUUGUAUGUUCAGUUACAUUUUUUUCCUUGUGUUUGUUUUUUCAUUUCGAUUCUUCUGGGUGGUGAUUUUUAGAUGUUGUUUCAACUGUAACUUUGCAUAAUAAAAGGGGAAAUUCGGUGAGACCAA